AUGCUUAAUUUUAGCUAUUCAUUUAAUAGAGCAAAACGUCGGUCUAAUGACCCAAACGACAGUUCGUAUCCUUAUUCACCUAAGAAUUUAUUUCAUAAGAGAUUGGACUCGCUUGAUCAUGGAUACUUUCCUAAAAACGCAGAAUUCCAAAGGAAAUCGGAAGGCAGCGACACAUUAAAUUCUGAUUCCCGUGAAGGUUCCAGUUAUUCAGUUCCGGCUUCACCUAUAGAUUUGAGCAGAUCUAGUAAAACUGCAAAUACCUCUAUUGAUUCACAACCAGUUAUAGACUUAGAUGAUGUGAAAAAAGAGACUUCAAAGUUCAAGAGGAGCUUAAGCUAUCCAUCUCAAAAUACUUACAGUGGGAGCAAUGCUGGGGAAUAUUCUAUAAGUGGAUAUUCCAAGGGAGAUUAUAUUCCUAAUUAUAGUUCUCAGGCUAGAAAUAAUAGUGAAUAUGCAUAUAUUCUUUCAGGAGAUGACCAAAUUUUAACCGUGAACAAGGCUGGUAUCUCUGCGCAUGAUGUAAAGGUCAAGUCAAGGAAGCAACUAGAGCUACCUGAUGAGCCGAAUAAAGAAAAACAUGUCGAUCCAGGGGAUCUUGAUAUAGAUGAGAUACUUUUUGCUGGACAAAUCACCUUUGAAAAAAACGGAAGUAUCAAGCCAAGAACAGCUACAAAAAUUCGCUUUCUUCCUGAAGCAUCGGAGGAAUUGCUUUCUAGACUUCAAUUAAAAAAUGCUGGCAUUGUUGAUGUUUCGGAUAAAAAUAAGAAGGAAGAUGAUGAAGAAGAGGAUGAUGAAGAAGAAGAUGAUGAAGAGACUGUAUUUGAUGGCAAAGAAAUAAAAGAUAGACGCAUAAAAAAUGGUGGUAAGAAGAAGACGUUCAUAUCGAAGACAAUAUCUAAAUUAAGCUCUGGUUUUUAA